AUGUCAACAGAAGAACCAUUUCUGGCGAGGGUUCCGAGAGUUCUCGUUGGUCCAGCACUAAUUGCAAGAUAUGAUCUAAAUGUCAUGCAAGCAAGUUGUAAACAAAAGAACAUUGCAGGGAAUAAACCACUUGAGUGUAAUGAGUGUGGGAAAAGAUUCAGUCAUCUUGGUGGUAUUAAGCAGCACAUGAAAGUGCAUACAGGGAAUAAAUAUCACGAGUGUCCUGAGUGCGAGAAAAAAUUCUGUCGACUUGGAGCUUUUAAGAAGCACAUGCUUCUCCAUACAGGGGAUAAACCCCACGAGUGUCCCGAAUGUGGGAAAAGAUUUAGAAUGGUUCAAUAUGUGAAGAAUCACAUGGUUGUCCACAUGGGGGAUAAACCUCAUGAGUGUCCCGAGUGUGGGAAAAGAUUCAUUCGUCGUGGGGAGGUGAAGCAGCACAUGGCUGUCCAUACAGGGGAUAAACCACACGAGUGUCCAGAAUGUGGAAAAAGAUUCAGCCUACUUCGAUAUGUAAAGCUACACAUGGCUGUUCAUACAGGGGAUAAACCUCAUGAAUGUCCUGAGUAUAAGCCUCACAAGUGCCCAGAUUGUGGAAAAAGGUUCAGCCUACUUCGAUAUGUAAAGCUACACAUGGCUGUUCAUACAGGGGAUAAACCUCAUGAAUGUCCUGAGUGUGGGAAAAGAUUUAUUCAUGUUGGAGAGGUGAAGCAGCACAUGGUUGUGCAUACAGGGGAGAAACCUCAUGAGUGUCCAGAGUGUGGGAAAAGAUUCACACAAGUUCGAAGUUUGAAAAUACACAUGAAGGUGCAUACAGGCCAGAAACCUUUAUAUGUGCCGAAUGUGGGAGAAGAUUCAAAGACCGUGGCAGUAUAA